AGCACGUUGAUGGAUUCACUAUUUCGAGACUUAUUGUUGAGAAAACCGCAAGCUGCAGACGAGUACAUAGCUUACCUAAAAACUACUAGAGAUUAUGACGAGUUAACGACCACAUUGUUCGCCCUUGGGAGGAACGCCGAUGCAGCUAUGGUUGAGUUCUCUGCAGCAAUUCGGAAUCAGGUUUCCGAACAAAAGGUACAAGCCUUGAAGAAGUGCGUACGAAGUGGCUUCAGUGAUCCUCUGUUGGCAGCGGAUGCAAACGUUGUUAGUGAUUAUAUCAGCCUGUUAGAGCGGCAGAUGCCAAUUAAUAGUGCCGACGAUCAAAGCAAAAGUACCAUCUUCACGACUUUCCCGAAGAAUGCAUCUCUUGUUGGAAAGUCGGUCAUUGCUACGUACUACUACUGCUGCUUGUACCAUUACGACGAACCAUUGUAUUCCCUCUCAAGCCCAUCCUGUAUUCAAACUAUGUUUCGAUUGACAGACAAGGAAUCGGUUUGGAUCAAUGUGAGCGCGUUGGCAAAACAGAGCAGAUGGCCUGACAUUGAACGAGUUCUCCAACCGAAGUCUCUUCUCGGUGCCAUACAAAGUAGAGCAACAUUGAAUUCGCCGAAGCUGUUUUGUCCGUUUAGUUGGCAGAAUCUGUUUCACAUUCUGUACUUCAACUCGACAGCGCCACCAAAAGAUUUAUCGUGUCGAAUACUGCGUGCUGUAAGCGAUUCUGAUCAACGGCUGAAACUCGCUGAAAAGUACGAUGUGUGUGAGAUUGUCAUCGAGUGUUUGGUAGCGCAAAGGGAUCGUACGAGAUUGUCAGCGUAUGCUAGUAAACUCACGCCUCAUACUCCUGAUGCGUACAAGGCAUUAGCUGCUUUGAAUAGUACGGGUACCAAAUGGAAAAACUAG